AUGGAAGACUUAACAGGUACUGAUAUGAAUAAUUCCAUUGUGCCUAACAUUACUUCUAACAGUGAAGGAGAUCCUACUUUUAUUUGCGAGAAAUGUGGAGCACAUUUGUGUUCCAUAAAUAGUGAAGAUAAGCUUGAUCCUGAUAUUGUCCUAUCAUUGAAGGAAAAGUUAGAUAAACACAACAGUAUUGCUCAAUCUUUUAGGUACGCUAGAGAUCGAUAUAGGGAAGAUGACUUCAGUGGAGUGAAGUUGAGGCUGAUUCGAAAGCGUGGCAGUGAUGGCAGAGUUUAUAAUCUUCCCUCUGCAUCAGAAGUUGCUGCUCUGAUUGUUGGGGAUAUAGACAACGUAUUGGCUGAUAGGGAUAUUGUUGUUGAGAAACAAGAUAGAGUUUUGCAGCGUAUAGAUGUCAAGCAUUCGUUGUAUCUUGGAUUGCAGUAUCCUUUGUUAUUUCCUUAUGGUGAAGAUGGUUAUCGUGAUGAUGUUGAGCGAUCUUAUAUAUCCCGUGGUAGGACGAAUCCAAGAUCCACUGUUAGCAUGCGAGAAUUUUUUUCAUUCAGAAUUCAAAUGAGAUCAGGAGAGUCCCAAGUUCUCCAUCACUCAAGGAAGCUUUUUCAACAAUUUUUGGUUGAUGCUUACACUAUGGUUGAGGGUGAAGAUGAAGUUGUAAACACUGGAAGGCGUAUCAUUAUUCCUUCUUCGUUCACAGGCGGACCUAGAUAUAAGGCUGAGAAUUGUAAAGAUGCCUUUGCAAUUUGCCGUUGGGCUGGAUAUCCUCAUCUGUUUAUAACGAUCACCUGCAAUCCUAAGUGGCCAGAGAUUACCAGAUUUCUUAAGGCAAGAAACCUAAACGCUGAAGAUCGUCUUGAUAUUCUUUGCAGAGUAUUCAAGUUCAAAUUGGACCAAUUGCUACAUGAUUUAAAAAAGGGUCGUGUUCUUGGCACAAUUAAUGCACAUGUUUGUACAGUUGAAUUUCAAAAACGUGGAUUGCCUCAUGCUCAUAUUCUACUUUUUUUGCAUCCCUCCGCAAAGCCUAAUACUGGACUUGACAUUGAUAAUUUGAUUUCAGCUGAGAUUCCUAACAAAGAUUCUAAUCCUUCACUUUUUGCAGCUGACACGAGUUACAUGAUGCAUGAACCCUGUGGUCCUGACAAUUACAAGUCUCCUUGCAUGAAGAACAGACAUUGUUCAAAGAAAUUUCCCAAGAAGUUUUGCUCCCUUACUUUUAUUGAUGAUGAUGGAUUCCCUCAUUAUAAAAGAAGAAAUGAUGGGAGUGUUGUCAAAAAGAACGUCAUUGAACUUGAUAACCGUUAUGUUGUGCCGUAUAAUGCAAAACUUCUUUUAAAAUAUCAAGCGCAUAUCAAUGUUGAAUAUACUUGUCAGAGUAGUGCCAUUAAAUAUCUUUUUAAAUACAUUCAUAAAGGGCAAGACAAGGUGACAACUGCUAUAAAUCAUUCAGAUGAUGAAAUCAAAAUGUUUUAUGAUUGCAGGCAAAGAAUUGGAAGUGAAGAUGCUUUUCUUACGGAGGAUUCUAUAAAAAACAUAACCAUUGCAGAAAUUGAUAAGAUGUUGCAAAGCAACGAUAAAUGCCUCUCUGAUUACCCAUCCAUGCCGAGUAUCAUCGGUGAAUCUUUAUUGGAUAUGCAGAAUAGAUUGGUGAUGGAUGAAUUGUUGUAUGACAGUUUCUCUUUGAAAGAAGAGCAUGACAGACUACUGAAUUCACUCAGUGAUGAGCAUAGGGUUGUUUAUGACAAAAUAAUUUCAGCUGUUUCAGCAGGUAAAGGAGGGUUUUUUUUCCUAUACGGCUUUGGUGGCACUGGAAAAAUAUUUAUUUGGAACACCCUGUCAGCAUUUGUUCGAUCAAGAGCUGGAAUAGUGCUUAAUGUUGCUUCUAGUAGAAUUGCUUCACUUCUACUUCCGGGAGGACGUACGACACAUUCUAGAUUUCACAUUCCUAUUCAGAUCACCGAAGAUUCAAAGUGUAAUAUAAAACAAAAUUCUACUUUGGCAGAGUUGUUGUCAAAAACAAAGUUAAUCAUUUGGGAUGAGGCCCCGAUGGUACACAGAUUUUGCUUUGAGGCUCUUGAUAGAACACUUUAA